UCAUCACAACGACGGGGAGUUAAUACAUGGGAUCUCCUCUCCCUCCUUUUUCCCUCGGAUGUCGCCUUUCUUCCCUCUUGACUAUGACCCCGCCCUCUCCUCCGUCUUCAGUUUUUUCGAUUUUUAAUAGCAAAAUUCACAACGACAUUAGUCCUAUUUCUCAUUUUUCAUUUCACAAUGCAAAUCAAAUGAAACGAAUCUCCAAAAUAACGUCCUCUCUCUCUCUCUCUCACGCACAGAAGCUGAUCCUUCGAUCUUCGUCCUGUUUUCCACCUCAGGGAAUAAGGAGAAGCCACCUAAGAACAAAUGAAAUCCCAUAAUCUAACCCUAACCCUAGCUUUAUUCUUCUUCUUCUCUACAAUCCUGUUCUGAUUGCACCAGAUAAUCUCCUGUUCUUGAGUUUUUCUUUGUCUGCAAUUGGUUGGGGAAUUAUGGAUUUUCAGGAGAAAGGCAAAGAUUCCUCAUUGGCGAUAUGUGUGCCGAAGAAAAACUCAAAUCCUAACCACUCCCUCAAUUAUUCUUCUUCUUUCUAUCGUCUCAUGAACCUCCCUGCUUCACCUCCUUCGUCCUGGUUCGAGAUUCGUCUCUUCUACGUUCGAAUUGCUCCUUGCGUCGUCGACAGCGUUCCCAGCCAUCUCACUCUCCGCCACCUCCGUCGCGAAAUUGGGGUUUCUCUUGAAAUUAAUGGCUCCCGCAUCCCUGCCUCAGAAACGGCGUCUCUCACACUUCGUCGUGAUCGUCUCGAUAAGGAGUCAUCGGAAGUUACGUAUGUUAGCACCGACAGCGUUCGAGUCACGGGAGCAGUUGAAUUCGAGGUCUACGAGAAAGAAGAUUUGAUUUUGUGUGGUUCUCUGGAACGAAUGGAAUCUUCUGCUUGGAACAAAGGCAGCAUCGGGCUCGAUCACCAUCAGGUGUUGGAGAAUGAUCCCAAGACUGGUUGGACCAUGGAUUGCUAUACGGCGGCAUCUAUUGCCACGGGUUCCUCUGUCUUUUUUAAGCCAAAGCUUGGAAUUUCAUCGCCUUCCAUUGAAGUUUAUGUUGCCGGGUGUUGCUCCGGUGUUCCUCUGAUUUUAACGAAAACAAUUCAACUCAGCCCGAGGCGGAAGCCUCCAAGGCAUGGGACACUUGAUGCGAUUCCAGAGGAUGAAGAAACUGGGAAGGAUCAAAACGUCAUGGGCAGUUUGGUUCGUCAUAGGAAAUUGCAGAUCACAGAUACAGAAGUUGAUGAAUAUGAUUCUGAAGGGAAAAUUCGGUCCAGCUUUUACUCGGAAGAUAUGUAUUCUGAUGAUGAUGGCCAGCUUUCAUGGUUCAAUGCUGGUGUAAGAGUUGGUGUGGGUAUUGGUCUAGGAAUGUGCCUUGGCAUUGGAAUUGGCGUUGGGCUGCUCAUGCGCUCAUACCAAGCUACAACUAGGACUUUCAGGAGGAGGUUUUUCUAAACUUGCGUUCUAGAAUUGGAAACCUGUGUUUCUGAAGAAAAAUGGUUUGAGAAAGAAAGCCCUGUUUUCCAUCUAUCUUGUACGUAUGAGUUUAGUACAUGGGAUGGAGGUUGUACAGUUUGUGGAUAGCAUGCCAAGUUCUUUGAUAAAAAUAGCUCUUCGGGGUGCUAUUGGUCAUCAAUCUCAUCCUUGUAGCUGAAGCCUAUAUGGUACCAAGCAAUUACUGCCAGUCAGAUAUAGCUAGAUUUUCAUCGAUGAGGCUACACUAGAUACAGAGGCUUUGUUUAUUUUUGUUUUGUUUUAUUUUUUCCUGAGGCAGUAUGAGCUUGAACCUGUCGAAUUCUGGGUGCGAGUCCUUGUCUUCAGAAUGCAUCUUUGCAUGAUUGUAGAAAUCUGUGUUUUUUUUUAUGUAUGAUAUAGGAAGUUUAUUUUUUAUUAGUCUUGCAGAAUAAGUUGUUUAUGUAUUAA